GCGAAACUUACAGCUCCAUCUUACUGAUUCUCCCCAUCCUACGGGCCUGUAUACCUACAUAAUAUGUACAUAAUCAUUAUGUUCAUAAUCAAAUACAUAAAUCUCGCUGUCGUUUCAUAACCCAUGUUAGCGUUGUGUUACUUCGCUGCAGGUCCAGUUAAAACGGAGUAUAAAUAAAAUAAAAUACUGCUAUAUAAGAUAUAAAGUGAAGGUGUAUUUCCAUUAUUGUUUUAGCAGCUGCUUUGUGUGCUUUAUUUAACAGUUAUUUAAAUAUAAAUUGUAGAUAGGUACUUGUUACUGGCAGUACCGGCGUUUGUAUAAAAUUUAGAAACUAUGGCGUUUGAAAAACAUGGUGCAGUGCCUGAUGUCGUAGAUAAAGCACCUACGAAAGUUCUUGAAGUUUCAUACCCAAGUGGUGUUAAAGUAGAUGAGGGAAAUAUUCUAACACCCACACAAGUAAAAGACCCACCCUCUGUGAAAUGGCAAGCUGAUAACAACGAAUAUUAUCUGCUGUGCAUGACUGAUCCUGAUGCUCCAAGUCGAAAAGAACCAGCAUUUCGAGAAUGGCACCAUUGGCUCAUUGGAAAUAUUCCUGGCAAUGAUAUUUCCAAAGGAGAAGUUUUAUCUGAGUAUGUUGGUUCAGGUCCUCCACAAGGAACUGGUUUACAUCGUUAUGUAUUUUUGCUCUACAAACAGCCAGGAAAAUUGACCUUUACUGAAAAAAAAUUAACAAACAGGUCUGGUGAUGGGAGAGGAAAGUUCUCAAUUCGUAACCUUGCCAAAAAAUACAAUUUAGGUGAUCCUGUAGCUGGAAACUUGUACCAAGCUGAAUGGGAUGAUUAUGUUCCCCUUUUAUACAAACAGCUUGGAGAAUAACAUGUAAAUGUGUACCUAUGUAAGUGCACAAAAAUGUUCUAAUGCAGCCAUAAGUUUUAAAAUAUAUUGGUUUUGGUUUCA